AUGCCGGGGCGGUUAUUAAUCAUAAUCGUUUUGACGCUUGCAUUUUUAUUCGAUAAAAUUACCUCAAGACUAAUUACUUUUGAUUACAAAAACAAUGAAAUUGGUUCGUUUGACCAGGUUGAUUUCAUGGGACUCAAACGUCCGAAUUAUGGAAAUAUUGGAGGAACUUUGGCUUUCGCAAAGUUUAUUGUAGAUAAUUCGACUAGGUGCAAGGUGCAACAAUUACCUGAAGAUGUUAUUAUUCUGGUGAUUCCCUUACACGAAGCACUGAGUUCUGGCUGCGAAUCUUACGCAGAUGUUUUGAUAAGUAAUUCAUGGACAAAAAAAUCGCAAGGUGAAAGUCAGGGUGAUUCCUCUCCACAUUCUGGAACAAAAUCCCCGCAUCGUUCACCUACAACGAUCACAUCAAUCAGGAUUUCAAGUAUUAAAAGUGGUGAUGUGAUUACAGCAACACACAAGUCACUCGAGGUUAUCACAGAAAGCGAUGGUUCUUUGACUACAUCAACUCAUACAUUGGUUGAUGUUUCAACUGCGAGCAGCGAUUUUUUAAGCACAUCAACAUUUGUGACAGUUCAAACUCCAUCAGCUACCACUGGUGCACUUAAUUCACAAAAUACGCAACAAGCACCAAAUACGCAAGAAUCAGGUACACAGCAAUCGCCACAAACACAGGCACCAGAUACAGAUAGUCCUGCACUGCCUGCUGUAACCGACGUUCUAAACUCUCCGGUAUCAGCUGUGAGUUCAGUUGCAUCAAAUGUGGUAUCAAAUGUGGUAUCAAAUGGGGUAUCAAAUGUGGUAUCAAAUGUUGUGAAUCCAGUUGUAUCAAAUGUGGUAUCACCAGUAGUAUCAAAUGUGGUAUCAAAUGUGGUAUCUAAUGUUGCAUCACCAGUUAUAUCAGAUGUUGUAUCACCAGUUGUGAGCCAAGUAGUAGCACCGGUAGUAUCACAAGUUCCGGGUAUCCUGGGUGGUCUUAUCAAACGUGACUUGCCUGACACGACCAUUCCAAGAGUCAUUAUCUUUGGUUCUUCAAAUGAUGGGGUUCCGGGUCUAAUUGAACCGUACAAUGGGGACCGAAAUAUCCUUGAUCAAUCUUUACCGGGUUUGGCGUUGUUAACAUAUCAGGACACGAUCGACUUACAAAACAUUUCAAGUAAGGUUAAGUAUGCAAAUAUUACGGCAGACGCAGGUCCUUGGAUUGAACUUGCAACAAGCCCACCAUGGAUACUCUGGUCCGUCGCGGCAAGUGUUUCGUUUUUUCUUGUCGUCUCUGCGGCAUUGCACUUCCUUUCUCAAGCUUACCUGAAGAUGGGAUUCGUAAUGAAGAACGUAAAAUUUUGGCUUUACCCAGGGAUUUGUUUCGUUUGUCUAUCCGCAUUUAUACUUCUUGUCGUGGAUCCCGGCAAUAUAUACGAGGAAAGAUUUUCGAUUUUGUUGCAUGGAUUUAUUUUUUAUUUCGGUCACACUUUACUUAUGAUGUUCCUUGCGAUUGUUCAAAUAUCCUGGAAAACCGCGGCAACAAAUAUAUGCAAAGAAAACAAACACCAUCCAAAUUUGGCGCAACGCCUAAAUCAAAUUUAUUCUUGUAUUUUGGUCCUAUGUAUGAUGUCACUGGUUACGAGUUUUGUACUUAAAAUGAUAUCCGUUUCGAAUUCUUUGUCGCCUUGGUCGUCGAGUGUUUUAAAAGCCGGUUUUUUCGUGGAAUGUGCCGCAUUGUUAUUUAUUGUGGUUGAUUUCAACACAUUUGGAUGUUUGAUGAUAGCUGCCCUAAAGAAACGAGUUUUCAUAACCUCUCAUCACGCAAAACGACAAAAAUCCGUGUUAAAGAUUUCCCUGAUUAUUGUUGCAUGCUCGAUAUCAAUAAUUUCGUGUAUUGCUGCAGGAUCUGUUUCAUUUCUUAGUCCCACGAUUCAAAAUUUUUGGACACAACAGACGUUACAUAACGCCUCAACAGUGAUAAACUGCCUGAUAAUAAUUUUGAUCUUACAAGAUGAAACAAUUGGCCGCCACUUACCGUCUACGGAUAAAUCUUUGAAGAUUGACAGUCCAUUUUCCUCAACCUUUACUGUAUCCAUAAAGGCUCAUCCCAAUGAAGAUGCUUUACAAGAGCAGCAAACCGAUACCAGAGCUUCCGCAAGCCCUAAUGGGGAAAUUGAAGGAAGUGAGGAUGAUAGAAGUUCUAGAAUAAUAAUUCCAAACAAUUACGGGAACAGUAUCGGUAGUAUCACUAGCAAUGAAUCAACUUUUCUAUCCACAAAACCUAGUGACUUUUUGUUACAACGACCCAAAAGCUUAGGUGAAUAUAAGAAUUCCAAUAGGAGAAGCAUGCGGUCAAAUACCGAUAGCAUUUACAGUAGGACUUCAACGUCUAGAAAGCUAGAAUACGACAAUCCUAUAAGCGAAUCCGUUAUUAUAGAUAGUGAUUUAGAUGGCACUGGAAGAGAGACCAGUAACGUUGAGUAUUCUUGA